AUGGAUAUUGCAUCCAUCCUUGCUGUAUUUGACCUCUUCGCAGCUUUCAAUACCAUCGACCAUGACAGCCCCUCCGCUCCGGUCAACGUCACAGUGAAGCUCCUGAAGGCCAACUCAGCUGUGGUGACCUGGGAUGUUUUGGAAGAAGAAGUGGUCAUCGGCUUUGCAAUUUCGCAGCAGAAGAAGGAUGUACGGAUGCUGCGUUUCAUCCAGGAAGUGAACACUACCACCCGCUCGUGCUCCCUCUGGGACCUGGAGGAGGACACCGAGUACAUUGUGCACGUCCAGUCCAUCAGCAUCCAAGGCCAGAGUCCAGCCAGUGAGCCCAUCCACUUCAAGACCCCACGAGAGGCAGAGAAAUUGGCUUCAAAGAAUAAAGAUGAAGUAACGAUGAAGGAAAUGGGAGACAAAAAUCAACAGCUGCGAGCCGGCGAAAUCCUGAUUAUCGUGGUCGUCUUGUUCAUGUGGGCAGGGGUGAUUGCCCUGUUCUGCAGGCAGUACGACAUCAUCAAAGACAACGAACCAAACAACAAUAAGGAGAAAGCCAAGAACACAUCAGAAAACAGCACCCCAGAACACCAGAGUGGGGGCCUCCUGCGUAGUAAGUUUCCAAAAAACAAGCCCUCAGUGAACAUCAUUGAAGCAUGA